ACCACCUCCACUCAGUCCCUCUUUCCUCCUCCGGUUUACCUCCGUCAAAAUGGCCGAGACCAAGAAGGUCAAGACUCCCAAGGACUUCGCCAUCGACUUCAUGAUGGGCGGUGUCUCAGCAGCUGUCGCAAAGACUUCUGCUGCGCCUAUCGAGCGAAUCAAGCUCCUCGUCCAGAACCAGGAUGAGAUGAUUAAGCAGGGUCGUCUCGCGACCCCAUACAAGGGUAUCGCCGACUGCUUUGGUCGCACAUACCGUGAAGAGGGUCUGCUGUCGCUGUGGAGGGGUAACACCGCCAACGUCAUCCGGUACUUCCCUACUCAGGCCCUGAACUUCGCGUUCAAGGACUACUUCAAGUCAUUGUUUGGCUUCAAGAAGUCUGAGGGUUACUGGAGAUGGUUCGCUGGCAACGUCGCCUCCGGAGGUGCGGCUGGUGCCUCGUCGCUGCUUUUCGUCUACUCGCUUGAUUACGCGCGUACGCGUCUGGCCAACGAUGCCAAGUCGGCCAAGGGUGGAGGAGCGCGCCAGUUCAACGGUCUCGUCGACGUCUACAAGAAGACCCUUGCCUCUGAUGGUAUUGCUGGUCUCUACCGUGGUUUCGUCCCGUCGGUCGUUGGUAUCAUUGUCUACCGCGGUCUCUACUUCGGUGUCUACGAUUCGCUCAAGCCGGUGGUCCUCGUUGGCGCGCUUGAGGGUUCGUUCCUUGCGUCGUUCGCGCUUGGUUGGGGUGUCACCAUUGGUGCUGGUCUUGCCUCGUACCCUCUGGACACGAUCCGUCGUCGCAUGAUGAUGACAUCUGGCUCGACUACUCACUACAAGUCGAUGUUCGAUGCCGCCUCGCAGAUUGUUGCGAAGGAGGGCACCAAGUCGCUCUUCAAGGGUGCGGGUGCCAACAUCCUUCGUGGCGUUGCUGGUGCUGGUGUGUUGUCGCUUUACGACAAGCUGCAGCAGGUCAUGUUCGGCAAGGUCUACUCCGGUGGAUCUGGCUAAGAGACUGUAUGAUUGCGGACAUCAUAACGUGUAUCAGCCUCAUAGUACUGUUACGUAUAUUGCCUGCACGAUCAUACAUUUUAGACCCUUCGGCCAUACGCUAUCUCUUGGUGUGGAGCUUGAUACCGUCCUGGGAUAUUGCUUUUGUGAGCUCAGUAGUAGACAAAAUAAUCGUUGCCCUCGGCGCA